CGAAGCGCUAUUAUUGUAUCGCCUCGGAAAUAGGCGAGCGUUUGUUGUAUCUGUUUAUAUUGCCGCACUCCCGGCCCUGGCAUGCAGGACGGAGAGCAGAGGCAAGCGCGAGCCUGGAGAUACGUGGCGGCGCAAGCUUCUCGAAUUGCACAACACUUUUUUAAGGCUCUCGCUCUCCGUUUCAUCUCGCUUCUCUCUCUCUCACCCCCCUCUUCCUCCCUUGUUUGUGUGCUCCCACUUGUUCCCACUCACUCUGCCAAGCCUGGGACGGAGGACUACUUGAAGCGCUCCAUCUUGCUCGACGAAUCCUUGCACGCGCCCUUUUCUAUUCUCACCUCCCCCCCUCAAAGUCCACCACGAUGCGAUUCAUGAGGCCCGCCUCGGUCGUCGCCGUCGCCGCUGCGCUGGCCGCGUCGUCGCCCGCCGUCCUGGCUGCCGACGCCGCCACGGACGUCCUCCAGCUCACAAAGGACUCGUUUGCCUCGACAGUCGACCCAGAGGUGCGCCGUUGACCUUAGCAUGCACUAGCCAGUCUUGCCCCACUAAUAUG